GCAAAGUUAAAUUGAGCAACUCCGGCAUAGCAUCAAUACUACGCAAGCACUCCACCUGAAUUUUAUUUUGUUCAAUCGCCAAUCGCCUUGGUUUUUCAAUGCAUUCCGGUGUGUGUAAUAGCAAUGGUCAACUGCAAUCGGAGACGUCGGCUGCUUUCAUCAAAGAUCGCCGCGCCGACGCUCUCGGUGACCUCCGCGUUCUUCCCGAUGAAAUUUUGUGUAACAUUUUGACGACUCUCGCGCCUCGCGAUGUCGCUCGUCUCUCUUGCGUCAGCAGUGUGAUGUAUAUAUUAUGCAAUGAGGAGCCUCUUUGGAUGAGUCUAUGCCUUAGCAUUGUAAAUCGUCAGCUCGAGUACAAAGGCACAUGGAAGAAGACAACCUUGCAUCAACUAGAUUUGCCGCAGGCAUAUAAUGAAGCCUCCAGACGACCUCUGCAGUUUGACGGAUUCAAUUCACUGUUUCUCUAUAGGAGGUUAUAUAGGUGUUACACCUCCUUAAAUGGAUUCUCCUUUGAUGAUGGAAAUGUGGAAAGAAGGGAAAACCUCUCUUUAGAAGAGUUUCGUAAGGAGUAUGAUGGUCAAAAACCAGUUUUAAUCAAUGGAUUGGCUGAUAACUGGCCAGCAAGGAAAUCAUGGACAAGUGAACAGCUCUUAUUGAAGUAUCCAGAUACUAAGUUCAGAAUAUCCCAGAGGAGUUCCAAGAAAAUCAAUAUGAAGUUCAAGGAUUAUUCUUCGUACAUGCAAAUUCAACAUGAUGAAGAUCCUCUAUACAUUUUUGAUGACAAGUUUGGCGAAGCUGCACCAGAUUUGUUGAAGGAUUACAGUGUGCCCUAUUUAUUUCAAGAAGACUAUUUUGAUGUACUGGAUACCGAUCAACGACCACCUUUCAGAUGGCUUAUAAUUGGACCAGAAAGAUCUGGAGCCUCAUGGCAUGUUGAUCCAGGUCUGACUAGUGCAUGGAAUACACUCCUCUGUGGCCGUAAAAGGUGGGCAUUGUAUCCUCCAGGAAGAGUUCCUUUAGGAGUGACAGUACAUGUAAAUGAAGAUGAUGGUGAUGUCAAUAUUGAGACUCCGACAUCUUUGCAGUGGUGGCUGGAUUUCUAUCCCCUUCUUCCUGACAAAGAUAAGCCAAUAGAGUGCACGCAACUUCCUGGAGAGACAAUAUAUGUUCCAAGUGGGUGGUGGCACUGUGUGUUGAAUUUGGAGACAACUGUUGCUGUCACACAAAAUUUUGUUAACUCCAAGAACUUUGAAUUUGUGUGUUUGGACAUGGCUCCUGGUUACCAUCAUAAAGGCAUCUGUCGUGCGGGGUUGCUCGCUCUUGAUGAUGUUGGCUUUGAGGAUGUUGAAAAGAAUGCCCCGGGCAUUGAAAGUGGUUCGAGCUACUUGGAACUCACAAGGAAAGAAAAGAGGGUCAAGGUAUGCCAGUCCCAGGAGGAUAGAAACUGUGGGAAUGGUACAAAUGGUAUGUGUCAAGGCGACGGUUUAGGUGAUCUGGAAUAUUCUUAUGAUAUCAACUUCUUAUCUAUGUUUCUGAAUAAUGAGAGGGACCACUAUACUUCCUUGUGGAGCCCUAGUAACUGCAUUGGACAGCGAGAAAUGCGAGAUUGGUUAUGGAAGCUCUGGGUUGGAAGACCAGGACUCAGGGACCUAGUAUGGAAGGGAGCCUGUCUCGCACUCAAUUCUGGGAAAUGGUAUGAACGUGUGAGAGAAAUUUGUGCCUUUCAUGAGUUCCCCUUGCCUCUGCAUGAUGAGAAGCUUCCUGUUGGUACAGGCAGCAAUCCUGUUUAUCUCAUCGAUGACUAUGCGAUCAAAAUAUUUGCUGAAGGAGGGUUGGAAGCUUCUCUUUAUGGUUUAGGCACUGAGCUUGAAUUCCUUAAUGUACUACAUAAUUUGAACUCCUCUUUGAAGAACUACAUCCCUUCUGUAUUGGCAAGUGGGAUUCUCGUUCUUAUAAAUGGAUCAUUUAAAGUAUUACCUUGGGAUGGUAGAGGCAUACCAGAGGUAAUUUCCAGCAGCAAUCUCCUAUCGAUAAAGCAUAAAGAAGUUGAUUAUCCAUUUGGUGUCUGGGGCAAAAAACAGUUUGAAUAUCAAACAGCCGGAAAGCCAUUACAUGAAUCAGGAAAUUGUGGGAAAAGUUAUUCAAUGUGGCCAUAUAUUGUGACGAAACGAUGCAGGGGGAAAAUAUUUGCUGAACUAAGAGAUAUCCUCUCAUUAGAAGACGCCCUCAAUUUGGCUUCUUUUUUGGGGGAGCAGCUGCAUAAUCUUCACCUUUUGCCUGUGCCCUGUUCAUCUCCUAACAACAGAAUACAAAUGGUCGAAGAAGAUUGUAUACAGCCUUCACUUGGUAAUAGGUGUUCUGAAAAUAUCGGAGAUAAGAUUGACCACCCUCCAGCUGAAUGGAAAUUAUUUAUCAGCAUCCUAAACAAGCAAAGGAAGAAUAUUUUGAGCCGUUUGGCUGAAUGGGGUGAUCCAAUUCCUAGCAAACUGAUAGAGAAAGUUGAUGACUACAUCCCUCAUGACUUAACAGUACUUUUUGAUAUUUUCCAGAAUGAGACCGAAGUUAGCAGAUCUUGCACCUGGAUACAUACUGAUGUAAUGGACGAUAAUAUUUACAUGGCAUCAUGCUGCCCGGCGUCCUUAUCAGAGGAAAGUAUCUCCGAUCCUUGUCAGGCAGACAGCAGAUAUGUGAAAAGAUCUAACAGCAGUACUGGACAAAAGCAUUCUUGGUAUCCUAGCCACAUCCUUGAUUUUAGUAAUUUGUCUAUAGGGGAACCCAUACUUGACAUAAUUCCACUAUUUCUUGAUGUCUUCCGUGGAGAUUCUCAUCUACUGAAGCAGUUCCUUGAGAGUUAUAGACUUCCAUUGCUGAGGAAAGAAUCACUGAAAGAGUCGGUAGAGAACAGUAGAUUCAGUCAACUCUCUUACCGAGCAAUGUGUUACUGUAUUUUACACAAUGAAAACGUUCUGGGAGCUAUCUUCAGCCUCUGGACAGAAUUAAGGACGGCAACAUCAUGGGAGGAAGUCGAGGAAAAGGUUUGGGGCGAUCUAAACAACUAUACAGGUUACUGUUGAUCGGUCUGUGUGGUCAAUAGUAUUUAAUUUUACUACACGUCUGAAAAUUCUGUUGCACAUUCUGGAAAACCUUUCUUGAGGGCAUGUAAUAAAAUUUACGGGCCGGGGUACAAAAUCAACUAGAACUUCGCUGCUACAAUUUGCUGUGUGUCAGUUCAUGUUACUAAAUAUCAAUGUACAUGUUACUCAACAUUCUUUUAUCACUUGAGUUCAGUAAAAUGAUUGUUGGGACAACAUUUAAGA